ACCUUGAUGUUUGUCUUUCUCGUGUUUUCUCUUGGAGAGAUCCUUCCCCCAGACCUCACCGCCGUUGGGAUUUCUCGCCGGAUUCCGCCUCCAUUUUGCACUAUCUUUUUGCAAUGGAAGAGAAACAAAUUUAUCACGAGACGCAGAGAUUGCAGUUCUGUCUCUUGCAUGCUCUAAAUAACCUUCUCCAGGAAAAGGAUGCAUUCACUCGAGCAGAAUUGGAUGCAAUUGCCGACAAGCUUGUUCUCGAUGAUGUUAACAAGGAUAAAUGGACCCCUUUUUCAUUCAUUUUUAAACCCCAUCACAACAUAUUGACAGGAAACUACGAUGUCAAUGUGCUCAUUGCAGCACUAGAAGCCAAAGGAAAGAAAGUAGUCUGGCACGACCAUCGAACUGGAUCUUCCUCAAUCAAGCUUGUAGAUGAUAGUCUAACAGGUAUGAUGCUCAAUGUACCGACCAAGAAGUUCGGCGGCCUCUGGCGCAGCAGGCAUUGGGUUGCAUUCCGAAAAAUUCAUGGUAUUUGGUACAACUUGGAUAGUGAUCUUAAAGCAGGAAAACCAUUUCAAAAUGACGAACAUGUAUUAGAGUACUUGGACAACAUCAUCAGUCAAGGUGGUCAAGUAUUCAUCAUCUUGCAUGAGAAAUGCAGUUUAUGAUGUAUCGUAACAUUUAACUUGCCCAAAUUUUUUUUUUUAAUGUAAAGUUUUUGUGAUGUUCUUUUGGAUUUAGGCAAGAGCAAGUUAUCUGUUUCUUUUACUAUUUUAAAGGUCUUUUUUUUU